AUGUCGAACCAUGUCACUGCAUAUUCUCAUAAGAAAAAGUUUAAUAUUGAUGAUCCAAAUGUAAAACUUUUUCGUCAAUUAAUUCGUGAAUUACAAUGGAAUCACAACAGACGAUUAUUCUUCGAAGCUCGAACUGAAGCCCAAGGAGAUUGUACUGCAGAUAUUCUAGAAGGUUAUCAAUGGAACGGAGCUUAUUCAUAUAAUAGUAACGGUGUUGAUACUGCACAAAGAUGUAUGGACACUUGUGAUCUUAGUGGAAAAUGUAUGGGAUGGUCCUACAAACCUGCCACAAAAAUGUGUAUGAGAUACAGUUCAAUAGCAGGUGCCAUUAAGGUAGAUGGAGUUAGAUCUGGUUCAUGUGUUGGUACCAAUCUAAAAACGAAAUGUACCGAAACUCGAGAUGGCCAAUAUUAUGGUGUAACAGAAAAAACACUUGAGAAUAUCGCUACAGUACAAGAUUGCAUGACAAGUUGUGAUAACUUGAACAUUUGUUUUGGAUAUUUAUAUUCACCAGACGAGACAAAGUGCUAUCUACAGAACAGUGUUAGUGAGUUUGGUGCUGGCGAUGGUUUCAAAACUGGAUCGUGCAUGGCACCACAAAAACGUGUUCGUUUGGCUGAUCCAAUCAAAAUAUUCAGAGAAGAUUCAUUAGAUGGUCAUAAUCAAAAACGAAAAGAUCAUUGUGUACCGGCGUUAAUAUUAGAUGCAGGCCUUAACAAAGUAUCUCAAGAUUUUGCAAAUCAAUUAGCUGCUGCUGAUGUCACACCACCUAUUUAUGAUAUGAGCAAAAUGCAAACAGUCUAUUUUAACAAAGGAGAUGCUGCUCGUCAUGGUACCAGUAUAGUUAAUGGUUUUUAUGAUGAACAUAAAUACUUUAAUUUCGAUAAUCCAGAUUUGAUAAUGGUCAAUCAUUAUCCAAAAAUCAUCUGGAAAAGUUCAACAAAAAUGGGUGUUGGUAGAGCAUUUACAAGCGAUAAACAAACUAUGUUUGUUGUUACAACUUAUGAUUGGGAAGGUAGUUUUGUUAAUUCUUACAAAGAUAAUAUGAACAAAAAAUGUACUUAA